AUGGGCCAGGGUUCACCAGGAAGUGUUGGCAGCCAGAUCAUAACGCCCCAUUGGCAGCAGCAGCUUCUCAAGUGUGAGAUGAUCAGGUCUUCCCGGUCUUCACAUCACCGUGCCCGUGCUAGCGCUAUGGCAUCACGCACGGUCAUCAAAUCCGCUAUCCCUAUCACAAAUCCCAACCUUGUCAAGCCCAGUACGAGCACAAAUACUGACAUCAUAGAAUCCUCCCCGAAGGACUCACCCGGAACACCAGCUCUAUCCUCCACCCCCGCCUUGAGUGCCGGUGAGGGCUCACCAGGCGUCACGAAUGCUGCGGUUAAUCACCCUUCAUCCACUGUUGCUCCUAUUGCCGAGGCCCCGCGGCCUACCGCCAAAGCCCCACAGAACACCUGGAGCUCCCUUGACAUGGGUGGCAUCAAUAUUAAAACCAUCCCACCUUCCUCUGGCCUCUUCACGUUCACUUUCCUCAUCAACCUUUAUCUCAACCACAAUGCCCUCACCUCUAUACCCGCCGGAAUUGCGAAACUCCGCCACCUUGAGCUCCUCGAUCUUAGUGGAAAUAACCUCUCAACAGUUCCUGCCGAGCUUGGCAUGCUCACUCAGCUGAAGGAGUUAUACUUGUUUGACAACCACAUUGUGACCCUGCCACCUGAACUAGGCAGUUUGCACCAGCUACAGACAAUUGGUGUCGAGGGUAAUCCCAUGGACACGUCUCUCAAGGCCAUUGUGCAGAAGGACGGCACAUCUGCCCUUAUUUCUUACCUGCGUGACAGUUGCCCUGUCCCAUCUCCUCCACCGGAGCGUCUUUGGAAGUCCCUCAUCUCGCCUCAAGAGCGCGAGGCCCUUGCCACGGAUCCUGCUACAGAGACGCUCAGUGCUCUCUGCUACAACAUUCUGUGCGAGAAGUACGCGACGGAGCGGCUGUACGGGUACACACCGUCGUGGGCACUCAGCUGGGAUUACAGAAAGGAAUUGAUAUUGACGGAAAUAAUGAAUUACGAUACCGACUUUUUGUGCCUGCAAGAGGUGGAUAUCGCACAGUAUGAGGACUACUUUGUGAAGCAUUUGCAGGGGCAAGGGUAUGAGGGAAUUUACUGGCCGAAGAGUAGGUAUAAGACGAUGAGUGAUGCAGAUCGUCGGCAGGUUGAUGGGUGUGCGACGUUCUACAAGGCAGACAAGUUCUCCCUCGUCGAACGUCAGCUCAUUGAAUUCAGCACCGUCGCAAUGCAGCGCCCCGAUUUCAAGAAAACAGAUGACAUGUUCAAUCGUGUGCUAGGCAAAGACCAUAUUGCCGUUAUCUGCCUCUUGGAGGUGAAAGAAACUGGCACCCGCAUCAUUCUCGCCAAUGCCCAUAUUCACUGGGAUCCCGCCUAUCGUGACGUCAAGCUCGUCCAAGUCGCGCUCCUUGUUGACGAGAUCGAGAAGAUCGCUGCGAACUUUGCGCGGUUGCCCCCAAGGCCGGAUACACCCCGCGCGCCCGUCUAUAGCGAUGGAAGCAAGAUCCCCCUGAUCAUUUGCGGAGACUUCAACAGUGUCCCGUCUUCGGGCGUGUAUGAGUUCCUCAACAACGGGAGUGUGCCGCCCGACCACCCAGACUUCAUGAGUCACCUGUAUGGGCGGUAUACCACGGAUGGGUUGCGGCAUCGUUUGGGGCUCAGGAGUGCGAAUGCGACGGCGGGCGAGGCCCCGUUGACGAAUUAUACACCAGGCUACCAAGGCGAGCUCGAUUAUAUAUGGUAUUCGACUGCAAAUCUGGCUGUGAAUGCGGUACUAGGAGAAGUGGACAGAGGGUACUUGGAAAAAGUGGUAGGAUUCCCGAACGCUCAUUUCCCAUCGGAUCACAUAUGCAUCAUCAGCGAGUUCCGCGUGAAGCCUCCAAGACCUCCAGCCUUGCUACCAACGGCGUCUUGA